AUGGUCAAGUCAGUAAAGAAGAGUUCCACCAAGGAAGUCGUAAACAAAAUAACCAAAGAAGAAAAACCAGUACAGAAAAAAGAAGAGGAAUUACAGUUAGAAUCAUCAUCUACCAGUUCAGAUGAAGAAGACAAAAUCGAUGAAGACAAAAUUGAAGGUUUGGCUGUUUCUGAUGAUGAACAAGACGGUACGCACAAAAUUAAAAAGUUGAAUCCUAAGAAGAAAGUUGAUCAAAAAAUAUCAAAGGACAAGAAGAAACUCGACGAAUAUUCUGCCAUUAUUUAUGUUAGCAGAUUACCACAUGGGUUCCACGAAAAGGAACUAAGUAAAUAUUUUGCUCAAUUUGGUGAUUUGAGGGAAGUGAGAUUAGCACGUAAUAAGAAAUCAGGAAACUCUAGACAUUAUGGGUUUUUAGAAUUCGUUAACAAAGAGGACGCGCUGGUUGCCCAAGAAUCCAUGAACAAUUACUUGUUAAUGGGCCAUCUAUUACAAGUACGUCUAUUACCAAACGGAGCCAAAAUCGAAAAAUUAUACAAGUACAAGAAAAGAGUCUUGGUAGAGAAGGGUGUUACCAAGCCAGUGAAGCAACUAAAGGAAAACAUGAAGCAAAAACAUGAAGAAAGGAUAAAUAAAUUGGCCAAGUCAGGCAUCGAAUUCAAAUGGUGA